CCUGUCGGAAAGGGCUGCAGUCGGAGGGAUGGGCAGCUGGGAAGCUGGGUCGCCCUGCGGCUGCGGCGAGGCCAGGCGGGCCAGCAAUUAAUGGAAGGGGAAAGAAGCCCCCUGCUAGUUGAAUGACAGGGAGGGAGGGCGGGGCUAACGGGGCGGGGCCCGGCGGUGACGUCACGGGCGCACGUGGGCCCGGGCCCAGCUGAGGGCUGGCGGUCCCGGCGGGGCUGAGGGGCUGUGGCGCCUAGUGGGAGGAUCGGCGGGGCCGCCCGGCUGCCUCGCCCGCCCCAGCAUGGCCCUGCCGCUGCAGAAGUGCCGCGAGGAGUGGAGGGAGCUGGAGGAGGAGUUCCAGCAGCUCCAGGAAACCCACAAAAUCUACAAACAAAAGCUUGAGGAGCUGAACACCUUGCAGGCCACCUUCAGUAGUUCCAUACAGAAGCAAAAGAGGGGAUUGAAAGACUUGCAGCGCAGCUUUCAAAGAUGCAAACACAACUGCAGCUUGGAAGAAUCGGAGCUCAUACAGCAAAUCAACAACCAGAUCAAAGACCGUCAAAAUGUCUUCUUCGAUAUGGAAGCCUAUUUGCCCAAAAAGAAUGGGUUGUACUUAAAUCUGGUGCUGGGAAAUGUGAAUGUAACCCUACUAAGUAAUCAGGCCAAGUUUGCCUACAAAGACGAAUAUGAAAAAUUCAAACUGUACUUGACAAUAAUCUUACUACUAGGAGCAGUUGCUUGCCGAUUUGUUCUUCAUUACCGGGUGACUGAUGAAGUGUUCAACUUCCUCUUAGUGUGGUAUUACUGCACGCUGACAAUAAGGGAAAGUAUCCUCAUCAGCAAUGGCUCAAGGAUUAAGGGCUGGUGGGUGUCUCAUCAUUAUGUCUCUACUUUUUUAUCUGGUGUUAUGUUAACAUGGCCAGAUGGUCUUAUGUACCAAAUGUUCCGCAACCAGUUUUUAGCUUUUUCCAUUUUUCAGAGUUGUGUCCAGUUUCUACAAUACUACUACCAAAGCGGCUGUCUUUACAGACUUCGUGCGUUAGGGGAAAGAAACCAGUUAGAUCUCACUGUGGAGGGAUUUCAGUCUUGGAUGUGGAGAGGAUUGACCUUCCUGCUUCCCUUCUUGUUCUUUGGGCAUUUUUGGCAGCUCUACAAUGCUAUCACACUGUUUGAAUUGUCAAGGCAUAAGGACUGCAAGGAAUGGCAAGUUUUUGUGCUGGCUCUCACAUUUCUGGUGCUCUUCCUUGGAAACUUUCUGACGACUUUGAAAGUUGUGCACACCAAAUUUCAGAAGAACAAACUGAAGAAGUUGUGAAAAAGGAAGACUGUGCUGAUAGACGCUAGAAGUUGGGGUCUGUUUUCUUUUUCGCUCUUUCCUCCACUGUGAUUCGACUCAUACCCCAGACGGUCUUCCUGCUUCAAUAUUGACCCCACACUAAGCAAACCAUGGAGGAACGCCAUCCGCAUCAUGCCCUGAAGUCUUCCUCAACUGACUCAUUCUGGAAGUGCUGCUCUCUCCCAGCUGAUAGUAUAUUACAUUCCCCCCAAGCCUCUGCUCUUUCCUGGGAUGUUGGUCCUUACUGAGAAAAAGACUCUCAGGAGACAAAAGAAAGACCAUAAUUCUGGAAUAAAGCUUUGAUUUAGUGCUGUCUUAGAA